CUGGUGUUCGGCUCGUGACAUUUAACGAGUCCUACCCCAGAGGCGUCACUCUGCAGAACAGAAUGUAUGAUUCAUGCUUAAUUUACGCAUCCAGACGGGAAAGCCCUUGGGGUUCAGCUCCGUGAAGUUGCCCACCCUACAAACAGCACAAAAUUAUAUAUCAUUCGUUUGUGCCGGUUUGUGCUGUUGAAACAAACGUUUGUGUUGCUUUUUAGCUUUUAAGAUAUUAGCUAUUCAAAACGCUGGAUUCACGAAGAUUCCUGAAGCCCACACAAAGUGCAGCACAGGGCGGGGGUUGUGGACUGUUGUUUGCUCGCAAAACCACGAACACCCGUGGCGCUGCCACUGCAUCCACUCAACUGCUGUUAACAUCAAACGGAACAUGAAACCAGCACCAGCCAGAACAGAGCAAGCCGAAAGCAUUCUAAUGAUCAGCAAGGUGGGCUGCUUAGUUACAGCCAUUAGAUACGAAGGUGGCGUGAAGAUUUUCACGCACGUUGCCACCCAGUGGCUCGCAGUCAGUACUCUCGAGUGGAACUGGAAUUCAGAGCGCACUCCUUUCUUUUGCACGUCCUGUUUUCAUUUGAAACUCCACUCACUGAGCGCGCAGGGGUUCAGCUCCACUCGUCAAACUCGGAGAGCUGUUCAGUCGCGGUCAAUGGCAGAAACGUUUGGCCAAAAUAUGCGCAAAAACGCGUUAGGCGUGCUGGUCGGUGCAGGAGCCGCCUAUUUAUUGUAUAACGCCUUUACGUCCGGAGGAGGCCAGCUGAAAGAGUGCGCUGGUAAAGUGAAGAAGCUGAAGAAAACUCACAAUCCUGAACAAUUAAGCAGGCUGUUUGAGCAGCUGGAGAACAAGAACAGCACAUUCAGCAGGGCAGCUCUCCUGUGUGAGAUUCUUCAGUAUCUGGAGCUGUCUGAUCACAGGGAAGUGGCAUUGAUGCCCGCUCAGAUUGGCAUCAUUGCUGCAUUGCUGGAGGAUGAAGACAUGGUGGUUACAACAAACUGCUUCCAGGUUCUCAACAGCUUGGCAGGAAACUUCAGCAACCAAAAAGAGAUGCAGAAGUGCAUCCCACGGAUCAUUUAUUUCACAGCCCAGAGUGUGUGCCUGGAGCAGCAGAUAGCUGGCCUCGGGCUGAUCAGCACACUGGCGCUCUGCAGCGGGAACCAUCCCGAGAUCCUGAAGGGCAUUCCGGAGUACCUGCGCAUCCUGCAGACAGCGCGCUACACUGGCAGGGUCUCGAUGAUUAUUACAAGAAUCCUAUUCAGUCUGUCUACAAACCGAGGCCUCGCUUAUGUUUUGCUGAACUCCAAGGUCGAGCCUGCGUUCCUCCACCUCUUCAACCCCUUUGUGAAUAAAGACAUCAUAUACCAGCUCCUGGCCUUCGUGGGCAACCUGAACGAGAGCCGCAUGAGCGAGAACUACUCGUGUGUGCAGUGGGAAUACAACGAGGAGUCCCUGUAUGUGCUUCUCUUCAACUCCGACUCCCGGCUCCUCAACAAGCUGCUGCCACUCAUGAACCACAAUGACUCGCAAAUCAAGAGCGCAGCCAUCAGCAUCAUCAGCAAGCUCGUGUAACACAGCGAUGACUGUGCGAUACAUUACUAUUGCAAACAUAGACUCCAAUAAACCAAGAAGAAUGCUUACUGCUACCACAUUGCUGCUCUAGUUGCUGCUCUAGAUGCAAGCGAUUGUUCAGCGUCACAGUGUAUCAAACACAAAACUAAAUUAACCUGGAAUAAUGUGUUUUUUUUUCUUUGUUUCUUUUGCAUUAAUGUUCAGUCCUAUAGAAGUGCCAGUAUGUCCCCCCUUUCCUUUUAUACAUUGAAUGUACUGAGAGCUCUGUUGUUACAAAUAGUGCAAAUAAACAGAUAUAAAGUACU